UAUGUAUAUUAGGAUAAAUUCAGAAAUUCAAAUUGGAGGAACCUAAUCAAGUAUGUAUCUUGUUUGACAAUAAUUAAUAGGCACCUUGUUUCAAUUUAUUGAUCUGUCAGUUUCAGAAUGCUAAAAUAAUUCGACUAAUCAAUGGAAACCUAUUUGUCGUGAAUAAGAUUAACACACAUUCAAAAUUAAAUUACUCACAGUCAAUUAAGUAAAACAACACACAUAUGAAUAGAUUAUAAACCCUUAUAAGUCCAAAGAAUCUUAUGUUCAACCGUUCAUAGAUGAUUCAUUUUCUUUUUCAUUCAACAUCAAUUUAACUAAAUCUAUUAAUGCUUUCAUUACUAAAUUUGAUUUUCUUAAUGACGAAAGUUUACUUCCUAUAAGGUAAGUUGAACUUACUAUUAAAUUUAGUAUGAUUGAAGAAAAGUCUUUUUAUGUAUUGGACCCAACUGAUGUAUAAUAAGAUUACACUGAGAGAAUAGAUGACUCUUUUGUUAAAUUAUUAUUUCGCAAAAAGCCAUUCAAAACUAGAUUUUAGAGACAAUAUCAAAAAAUAGAUGAGUUACUUUCCAAUAUAGGAGGUAUUCUAUAAAUAUUCUCCUUUUUUAUUGGACUAUUAGUGACUAUAUAUAAUAGAAUUAACUGUAUUUUUUAUUUGACUUUAGAUAUGGUCGAAUUGGGAAAUAAACUAUAUGAUUUUAGCAUUGAUGAUUCAGACCAAAAGAAAAUAUAUCAUGACAAUCUAUAAAUUCUUGUUGAAACUUAAACUAGUGGCCUUAAUGCCCAGGAUUCCUAAAUAUACCAAAAAAUGUAAUAGGCAAUUAUCGCAGAUAAUGAAAUUAGAAUAACUGACAGUUAGACAUAACCACUUAAAUAAGACUAAAGUAAAUAAUUAUAAUAUCCUUAGGAUUAUCAACUAAAUUAUGUUGCUCAUCUGGAUUAGAUUACUUUUAAACUUAAUUACAAAAAAUGUUUUAGAAAAAGAAACCCAUAAAUUUAGACUUUCAAAUAUUUUUUAAUUUUAUUUCUUGUGGCAUGUUAUUUAGUAAGAUUCCAAAGGUUUAAUUAAUGAAUAAAGCAUAGUAAUUUGAUUUAUUAAUUCUAAGUGAUUAAAUCAUUCAGCAAUCAGACAUAUACUCAUUGUUGACUAGGUUGAAUGAAAUUGAUAAAUUGAAAGAAGUAUUAUUAUCACCCAAGUAAUUGGUCAUGUUUAAUUUUACCCCAAAACCUUUAAUUACUUUAGAAGAGGAAGAUCUUAAAAUCAAUAGAAACAUGGUGGAAAACUAACUCAAAACUCCGUAAGAUAAGUAUUAAUGUGUUUUUAUCGUAUCAAGUAAAGAAGAGAUGUUAGUUUAUACAAGAAUGAUGAUGAAAUAAAAAAGAUAAAAUAAAAUUGGAAUGAAUCAUGAAUCAAUUAGAAAAAAGAAAAGAUCUAGUUUUAUUCCAUAGCCUCUUAAUAAUUAUGUGUAUUAAUAAAUCUAUAAUGUAAAAUUGGAAACUACAAUUUAGGCAUAUGAAGAGAUUGUCAAAAGGAAACCUGGAUCAUCUUCGGAAACUCUGAAUUCGCAACUUAUUUCAAUGUUAGGAGCUGAAUUAGAAUUAAUUUAUUAAGUCUGUCAAAAAAUCGAUUAGGAUGUAAGACCAUUUGCUAAAUACCAUCAAAAAUUAAAAUCGUCCCUUUCUUAGAAAAGGAGUUUAAUUAAACAAGAUCUUGAAAAAUAAAAUGAUAGCCCUUGA